AUUUAUCACUAAAAGGUCUUGUAUCAGUUCACAUUCAAAAUUAAAUAAUAACGUCCAUCCGUCACCAUGAAGGCCAAGUUGGUAAUUUCCGUCUGUCUCCUCCUGUCGACUUUGGGAACCUGCGCUGAUGAGUACACUGUCGCGGUCAAGUAUCACGGCUCCAAGUCUGGCAUGUCGUCCUGCGCGUCGCGGUCCGUCAACGUCAACUUUCGGUCCCUGGCGACGAAGUCAGGCGUCACUUACACGCGUCGCGCCAUCACCGCCGCAACCAACGACUGCCUGAAGACCCUGGAGGAGAAGCUCAAGCCUGCGGCCGACCUGCGCUCCUGUGCGGAGCAGGCCGCCAAGACCAACCACACGACCUUUGCUCUGCAUGACGGUGCGUGUUGGGGCACCCGCGUGCCCUGGCCCGUGGGUGCCUCCUGCACCUCUGGGGGGGACCACGUCAUCUACGUCGCCACCCAGCUGGCUAAACCUUCCGCUGAGAACGAGCCUAAGGUGUCGAACUUGAGCAUCGGCGCAACGUACAACAACUCGCAAGUGAUCUUCAACGUCACCUUCAAUGACCUGAGCACAAGUCGGUGCUUUUCAACGUACCAGCUCAAGUUUGACGGCCAAACGAAGGUUGUGUCGAGCGGGGGUACGGUGGCGACAGAAGUGACCGGCUUUUGUCCAAACUUAACCUUCGUGCUCACCCGCCUCGUCAUGGGGCAGCCUUGGGGGCCCAGCAGCUUGUACCAAAUCCCAGUAAAAGAAUUGCCGGCCCCAGUAAUCAACUCUUCAGCGCUCACCUACCAGCUCCCCGCGCUGAAUGCGUCCGGAGGCGACUUGUCGUUCGCAGGCGUGAUUCAGAGCGAUCCAUGCAAUCUCAUCAGGGGCUUUGAAGCGACUUUAACAGGAUCGAUGGUGGGCCACAACGACACAGUCAUUGAGGUGCCGAAACGCGACACCCACUUGCUCCUGCCCUGCCAAACAAUAGAAUUCUUCCAGAAGUUACAAACAACCAUCCAAAGAGUCGACGGAGUGCAGAUAAAUACGAGCUUCCCAACAGUUAAUCCACAGCCGAUGGUGUCGAACUUCAAAAUCAGUGCAACGUACAACGGCCCGGAUGUGAGCUUUAUUGUCACUUUCAACGACCAGAGCACAAGUCGGUGCGUUUCAACGUACCAGCUCCAGUUUGACGGCCAAACGAAGGUUGUGUCGAGUGGGGGUACGGUCGCGACAAAAGUGAACGGGUCUUGUACAAACUUAACCUUCGUGCUGACCGGUCUCUUCAUGGGGCAGCCUUGGGGACCCAGCAGCCUGUACCAAAUCCCAGUAGGAGCACCCGUGGUCAACCCUUCGGCACUCUCCUACUUCAACACGUAUACGUACUCCAACCUCUCAUUUGGAGGCGUCAUUCAGAGUGACCCUUGCAAUUUCAUCCGGGGCUUCAAUGUUGCUUUAAAAAACUCGAUGCUGAAUUACAACGACGUCGUCAUUGAGGUGCCGAUACGCGAUACCCACUUGGACUUGGACUGUCAAACAACAGAUGCGUUCCAGACGCUACAAACAACCUUCCAAACAGUGGAUGGAGUGCAGAUAACUGCGUACUUUGAGCGCUUCAGUCCAGUUUGGUUUGCAAAUGGCGAUCUCAAGGCGUACGAUAGAAAUCUUCAGGCAUGUCUUUCAUCUCCAAACAAAGUGUAUAACCUUCUCGCAAAUAACCUCCAAGACUUCUGUGGGCCAUUCGGGUUACAAGCUUUCGGCGAAGUGCACUACACGAAAGGCGUCACGCCUAUUCAAAGCUUCGGCUUCUUCGAACAGGAAUCUGAUGUAAAUAUUGAAUAG